AUGCUGUGGUACCUCCUUUACCCCCUACGAGGGACCACGGAGCCCCCAUAUCUCUCCCCAUCUCAUCCGCUGCGGAGAGCCUUCACCCGCUAUGCCACAUGGAUUGCAGGCCAUGUGCAGUCCAUUUUGCCUUUAAGCGGCGCCGUCAUCUUCUUCUUUCUGUACCUUUCACUCUUCCUCUACACCGUUGAUCCCAACCUCAAUCCCGGCCGAGCACGCCUGCCCCGGCAUGCCUGGACGGACACUCAGCCAUUGGGCGACAGCGCUGCUGUCCAGCCCGACAUCAUCAUGCGUCCGGUCUGGGUUCAUGGUGACUACAUGAAGGCUCUUGAACGUGAUGUGCUAUUGGUUGCCUUCGAGCUGCAGGAGAAGCUCCUUGCCAAGGUGAAUGAUCAGCCAAGCAAUGCCUGGUUCAUUCACUCGCCAUUUAAUUACUGGGGUUCUGCCGACAAAAUAUCCUCGGACGCCGACAUCAUCGCGACUGUCAAUGGCCGAAACUCUACCGUUGCUAUGGCCAAAACCCUGCGCCACUCAACUAUUUUCAGUGACACCCGCGUGGAAAAUGGCCGUCUGGUUGCUGCUGACGCUCUAGUCAUCACGCUUGUCCAUCGCCGUGACUCUGUUGUGGGCCAGCUCUGGAAAACCGGUGCCGAGACGUUGGUAGAGCAGGAAGGAAAUUGGAAAGUCAUCCGUUCCAGCGGCAGCCGGCUUUACGAGUACCAGUUCAGGCCCCUGUCCUGGUCAGACUGGUUGCUCCUGAGCCUGGCUUACGUGCUGAUUUUCUCUUACCUUGCCCUCCGCAUGUCCAAGCUGAAUGCUGUCAAGUCACGGGUCGGCCUGGCGGUCACUGUUCUGACACAGAUUAUCGCAGCUAUUGUCUCCAGCUUCUCUGUCUGCGGCAUCUUCAAGCUGGACCUCUCGCGUAUCCCGUACUACGCUUACCCUCUUGUCGUGUUGGCCAUCAGCAUGGAGAACUCUUUCCGGCUGAUUAAUUCUGUCACGCUGACCUCCUCGGCCAUUAGCAUUACCGAUCGUGUCGGUGAGGGGUUCGGCGCUACGGCUCAUGUGGCUAUCGUCAACCGAGUUCAGAUCUGUGUCAUCCUGCUCGUUUCGUCGCGCAUCACAUCGUCGGGUGUCUCCGCCUUCUGCACAUUCGUUGCGAUCGCCACCCUUUUCGACUCCUUUUACCUCUCUACCUUCUUACUAUCUGUGCUUAGUGUGGAUCUCCGACAGUGCGAGCUAUUCGAGCUGGAGAAAGCAACACUACUACGCCGCAGCAAGAAGUCUGCGGAUAAGCAGCUAUGGCUGGACAUCUCGCCAACACGCAGUGCAGAGUCGCCUGUCUCUACACGGAUCGUCAGCACUGUUGUGAUGGUUAUUUUCAUCCUUAUUGCACAGUCGCACUAUGGAACCGCGGCUCGCCGUUUCCAAUGGCUCCAUCAUAUCUUUCCCUGGGAUCGCCAAGACAGCUCUCAGCAAUCGUCGUUGACCGAUCUUCACCAAGCCAGGAACCCAGCAGACUGGAUCUAUCUGCAAGACUACGAAACAGCUCGCGACAUUCUCGAAGCCAUCAAGCCCGGGGCAUACAGCUAUGUCGCGCGUGUCUAUGACCCCAUCGUCUUUGUCCUCAAGAAUGCCAGCCGCAUCCCUGACGCUACGAAGGCGCGAUUUUUACCCGCCUUCUACGACUUCUUCACCCACCAUGCAUCCAGCUUUCUGCUUUGGCUCCUGAUCACCAUGUACGCAUUGCGCUGGUUUACAGAUUACCUCAUCCAAGACCGGUCCGCAAACAGUGACGAUUCAGAACACACAGGCAGUGAGCCUGUGCUGUCGAUUCGUUCACUCAACAACGGUCACACACUCGACGUGGCCAUGCUGACGGCCUCUUCGGGUGGUCAGCUUGUUUCCGUCGGCCUCGACCGCCUCAUUCAGGUGUGGGAUCUCCCGUCUGGUACGAGGGCCCGUGUUCUUUCGGACCCGGAAGUCCCACUAGAAAAUCCGUUUCCUCUUUCCAACAUUGCAGUGGACGAUAGGGGGAAGUAUCUGGCAUUUGUAUCAUGGCAGCGGGUCUUUCUCUGGGACAUAGAACAGCAACAGUGGUGCUGGGCGAGGGAUAUCAACCUGGGAGGCAGUGGGCACCGACCACAGGCGGUGUUUUUCGUGACAAAACCUCAGGAGACGACACCAUGUUUGGUGAUUGUUAGACGGAAUGGGACAGCCGCGGAGAUGCAGCUCGAUAGAGAUGAGACGAGGGACUUCUUGAUUUGCAAGACACCUUUGAUGUGGGCUGUUUCGUUUGUGGAUAAGAGUAACCCUUACUUCCCCAAUACCCCAACGCUCUCCAUCCUGACCGCCUCACGCCGCAAUUGCAUCCAUCUCGUCCGCCAACACGGCCCUGACUGGCUUUCCACCGAGGUCAAACUUGCUGGCGCCGUAACAAGCCGUCCUGAACCCCGAACUCCAGAUAUUCAUUGCAUCCUGCCUAUCCCGACCCUCGGCAUGUACCUCGUCGGCCGGGCACAGUCAGUCGAUCUUGUCGACUUGGACUCCGCGACCGUCAUACAUACGUUCUACGCCCGUGGCGGCACUAUGCAGCCCCGAAGUCUCAAGCACGUUGUUGUUUCGGCAAGGGCUGGCUCCCAUGGUCAGCCUGUGUUGGUGAUGGGCUAUGUGAGUGCUGGUAGCGGGGAGCUAAUUGUUCAGGUGUAUAUGCCUGAGCAAGAAAGCAUGGAAGAAGGUGGGGUUACGCCUGUAAUUGAAGCGGGCCGCGGACACCCUUGGACGAGGGCUAGGGAAAUAGUCAAGAGGAUCGAGAAUCCGGGUGUUUGGGAAUUGAUGCCUAAUGGCGCAGUCGUUGGUGUGAGGAGGACGAAACCGCUCACAACACUACAGUCUGCGUCGUCUACGACGACAACGAGCUCCUUCGCUCAAGCAGCUCAGACUGGGAAGCUUACACCUACCUUUUCAACCGGCCCGACGGAAAACCCGAUUUCACAACGCGCGACCUCGCCGAUGAAGACGAAGACUCUGAUACCACACCCCGAGCAGGCAAUACCCCACAACAUUCACCCCUUCUCUCAACAAGAAGACGAACUUCUUUCACCCAACAGUUAA